AUGAAAAAUGAUGGAACUCUGUUCAAUGAAACGUAUGGCGAAAUUUACCUACUUAUAUAUAGUGUACUUUUUGGUAAUGAUGUAAACAUAUAAAAGAGAUCAGGGCCCCGGAAGCACCGAGCAGUUUCGUUACGAUCGGAAGUCCAGUCGAGGUCUUGACCCGGCGUUGCCUAGUUACUGAAACACAAAUGUGGUGGAGUCGCCAUUGAAACCUGUCACAACUUCACAUCAUACCGAGAUUUUGGAAGAAAAGGGGCGUAACAUACUACUUUUCAUCAGUGACCUAGACACAUACAAAGAUGUCUGCCGCUGUCUCCCACUUCCCACUGGGUGCUAACAGACUUGAGGAUGAGAUCCGCACAGUGGCACAGACCAAGAGAGUGCGAGUCUCUGAGUUCUUCAAAGACUUUGACAGGCUCAGAUCUGGCUUCAUCACAGCCUCCCAAUUCAAGCGGUGUCUUGACCAGAACCUGGGUAUCCAGCUGACCCCGCAGGAUGAAGUCAUGCUGCUGGACAAGUAUGACCUGAAGAGGGAGGGCAUGGUCAACUACAGGCUCUUCACAGACGUCAUUGACCAAGCCUUCAAUCCAAAUGACAUGACUCCGACUCCCGAGGCUCAGGCUGUCACUCCCGUGGAGUUCCUGGGUACUCAGCGUUCCCUGCGGCCGCUGAGCCCGGGGUCUCAGCAGCGUGUGAGGGAUAUUCUGGAACGCAUGCAGCCGUUUUACAAGUACCACGGGAUCAACCUCAGAACCUCCUAUGAGGACUUUGACAGACACCACAUUGGGGUGGUUACCGAGAGCCAGUUUUACCGUAGCUUCCCUGGACCGCCCGACAUCACGGACGAUGAGAAGUACCUUCUGGCCUGUCGUUACGCCGACCCUGACAGACCAGGCCUGUGUAACUACCUGAACCUGCACCAUGACUUGGAACAGGUAGCCGAGGACCUGAGAGACCCAGGCAUCAGCCCACCUUCCGAUCCUCUCCCUACCUACGGAUGGUGGCCUGCAGAGGCACCAGCAGAUCCCGUCAUUCGCGAACUCUUCGAGAAAAUCCGCAAGGCUGUGUACAAGAAUGGCAUUCGUACCAUCGAGUUCUUCCGCGACCACGACAAGCUUCGGAGCGGGAUCAUCACCGAGAACCAGUUUGUUUGCGGCCUGGCCCUGGCGGUCGGGAAGGAGGCAAACCUGGCUCGCACCGAGAUCCAAAAACUUGCAGACUAUUACAAGACGGAGGACGGCAGGGUCAGAUACAGGGAGUUUUGCGACAUCAUGGAAAAUGCGUACAACGUGCCUGACCUGGAGAAGAAGCCGACUGUGGACCCAGUCCGACCACCUCGUGGGGCUCUGACACGGUCCUUGAACCCACUGACUCAAGAGGAGGAGAACAGGGUACAGGAGGUUCUUGAGGAAAUGAGAGAAACAGCUCGCAAAAGACGGCUCAUGAUGUACCCUUACUUCAAGGACUAUGAUCGGGGCAUUGCGUACACACGUAAUGUCACCAAGUCCCAGUUUGGUCGCAUCCUGCAUUUCCUGAGCCUGAACAUCAACCCUCCGGACUUCAAACUGCUCUGUCGGAAGUUUGAGGAACCCAUCAGUGGGGACGUCAACUACCCUGCCUUUGUACAGGCCGUGGAUAAAGAAUUCACAGGUUUCACAGUUGACCAGGAGUCGCCCAAACCAAUGGUCACCCCAGAGCUGGACAUCUCGACCCUUCCCAUCAACACCAGCCACGUCAACCUCGGCGAGGUCAUCGCCCGGAUCCGCCAUCACGCCGUCAUCAACCGUAUCCGGGUGGCGGAGUUCUUCCAGGACUUUGACCCGCUGAGGAGCGGUUCCAUCACCAAGCCCAUCUUCCGGAGGGGCCUGUGUCUGAUGGGGUUCCCUGACAUGCCGUCCGAUCAGUUUGCUGCGUUGGCAGAGCAUUACAUCGACCCCAAACAACCUGACAAGGUCGUGUGGACUCGCUUCCAUGAUGAGAUCGAAUCAGCUUUCACACAGAAGGGUUUAGAGAAGACUCCGACCCACGCGGUCCCUUCCACAGAGGUGUUCCAGAUGUCUAAGCCUGGCACCCUCCACUGGGAGGCCCAGGCUCCGGAUGACUGGAAGAGCGUCGUGGAUGCUGCCAUGCAUCGCAUGAGGGAGAAGGCUGCACAGAGGAGGCUGCUUUCCAAGCCUGUCUUUCAAGACUUUGACAGGCACAACUACGGAUACGUGACUCUCUCCCAGUUCCGCCAGUGUCUGACUUACCUGAGUCUUGAUGCCACUGAGGAAGAGGCAGCCGCCAUUGAGGCCAAGUUUUCUGAUAAAACUGGCUUCAACUACCUAAGAUUCCUUGCGGAGCUGCAGCCCACCCCUGCCCAAGAGAAGAUGUACGAGAAGCGACUGCAGGAGUUGACCCUGGUGAACCAGCAGAAGCAGCUGCCAGAGAUGAACGCAGCCCCCGACCUCGGAGGAGUCAUGUUCAAGAUCAAGGACAAGGUGGCAAAGGAGCGUACUCGUGUGUUGGAGUGGAUGCGAGACUACGACAAACUGCGUACGGGCCGCAUGAAGAAGAACUCCUUCAGACGUGCUUUGGACCUCUGCAAGUUCGAGCUGAAGCCCUCUGAAGUUGCUAUAUUGGAAAGAGAGUUCCAGUCCCCUGUAGACCCAGACUUUGUGGAGUACCUGAGGUUCUCUGAUGAGGUGGAGUCCAUCUUCACCAUCAAGGAGCUGGAGAAGAUGCCUGAGGUGACGCCGCAGCAGUUCAAGCCGCCGGUGGAGUGGCAGCUCAACGUCCUGUCUGAGGAGAACGAGGCCAUGGUCAAGGUCACCAUGGAAAGGAUUGCAGAGAAGGUCAAGAAACACCGUAUGCAGCUCUUCCCGCCUUUCGAAGACUUCGACCGCGUCAACAACGGCACCGUUUCUCGCUCCCAGUUCAAGAGAGUCCUGACGGAGCUGGAGCUGGGAAGUCUGGUCAACCAUCGCGAGUAUGUCUCCCUGUUCCAGAAGUUCAUGGUCCGAGUUGGAGGAAGGGAGGAUGUGAACUACAUUGCGUUCUGUGAAAUGGUUUACGCCAUCGCUGGAUUUGAGUGGAGAAAACCCUAAAAUCUCUUGUGUGUAGUAAAAGACUUUUUGUACACAGUGUUGUCAGGAGAAUUUCUAUGUAUCUAAUUAUUCAAGAAAAACAAAAAAGAAAAAAAAAAGAUUUGUGUCACCUUGCAGACUUCUGUUGUAUAAAAUGAAGCUCACUGUAAGUCUCAGAUAUAUGUUACAUGAUUGUGUCACAUUCAACUUCAGGUGUUAUCUGCCGGUCCGGUACUAUGGAUUCUCUGGGAUUGCAGAUAUGAGAUUUGCACAUUGUGCUGCUUUAUUUAUAUUUCUACAAACAAAGUAGAAAUGACUAAAACAAAUGUGUCAAAAGAGAUAUCCUGGUAUACUGUGAAAAAAUGCACUAUAAAAGUCUAGCUUUUGUGCCUUCAUAUCUGUUUCCGUCCGUGCCUUUUGCCAAUUAAACUUUGACAUUCCUUCAACAAUUUCUUUAAAUAAACCUCCAUGUGAAGCAUUUUGUCAUAGAUUUUGUACAUACAUUUCUGAAUUUUUGUAACAUUGAGUGAAAAUUACAUUUAGACAAAUUAGACUUCUUCCUCCAUGAAUGUUCAUACCAUUAAUUCUUUGUUAUCGAUGAACCUCAAAAUACUACCGGUAGUACUUGUUGUGUUUAUUAUCGGGUAACAAUAUGUAAAAGUAUGAUUGCUCAUAUUUUUUGUACUAAUCUUUUAACUAAUGUUUGUGUCAAAAGUUGCACCAUUUCAGUGAAGACUCCCUAACUUGUGUAUGCAUUUCUUGAAAAGUUGUCAUUUUUGCCAAUCCAGCAUUCACUUAUAUAGCACACAACUAUGAUCAAAUUAAUGUUAAACAGCAAUAAAGUUGUUACUCAAAGUGAGAAA